AGAUUUCGCUGUUUCCGUAACAGUGAAUUUUUUAAAUCGAUGGGCGCCUAACGCGACAUCAGAGCCGUUAUUUUUCUUUUUUUCUCCAUAAGACCAAAUCGGUUUUCCUGUGCAAAAAUGCUGCCUUCUUCCAAUUUAUCGGAAAAUGCCCGCGUGUUUAUGAAGUCAAUCGAAAGAAUCAUAGACAAGUAUACGAGACUUCAGUCGCAUGAUGGAGGAGUGGAACUGGAUAUGAAGAAUUCCAGUCAUGGGAGGAUCUACAACCACAUUGUAGAUGCAUCACAAGAGCUGAGCAGGCUGGAGUCCGAGAACAUGGCUGACCAGAGCAGUGAUUCAUUUAGCUCCUCUGACACAACAGGAGAGCCGCUGCAAUCCAUGUGUAAAAAUGAGACUUUUGGCUCCACCAGCUGGUUAGCUGUGGAAAAUAGUGACGCCAGCGGCAGCUCACUGAAGUCGGGUUGGAGCAGCUUCUCCCAGAUGGAUCCCCAGCCGGAGGAUGAAGACGAGACGCUGCAGAUGUCUUUGAGCAGUCAUGGCUGCUCUCUGGGGCAGGUCUACCCCAGCAUGGUCAGGAGAAUAGAGAGAGCUUGGCACACGCAGAACGUUUCUCAGGCCGCCGACACCGUGCUGAGGAAGUACCGCAGGUGGCGGCAGCAGCCACCAAGAAGCGUUCUCAACAACACUUUUGAUGUGAGCUCCUCUGAUGACAGCCAGAACCACAGGAGCAGGAGGCCGCUGUUCCCAAAAGGCUCCAGCACCCUGUCAAAUCUUCAGAACGGUUCUUCUGCACAGACUCUGUCCGGUCUCCGCGAGGGUCAAGCACACCUGCCGUCUCCUGUCAGGAGAGAGAAGCCUCCCAUUCUUGUGAUGGAUUUUUCUGAACCCUCUGCACCAGUGGACGUCUCUCUGAAUGAGACUUUUAUCGUGCUGUCUCCCGCCAAACCAGCGCCUGUUUCCACGUACAGCUUCAGGCAUUCUCAGCCUUGCAGUCCUGCUCCUAAAUCCCCCCUGCAUCCCUCCAGCCUGAAAAAGCCUUCGUUUUCUCUACGCUCCUCACAGAUGGCUCCUUUCCUCCCAUUUCCUGUCGAGACUAGAGCUGAAGUCUGCAGCUCCCCAGUCAGGCAGAGUCCUUUGAAGGAUAGGAAGACAAACUUCCGAUCCUCCUUUUCCUUCUCCAGAAACCCUGAAGACUCCAUAGAAUCAGCGAGGCCUUCGUUUCUUUCUUCUCCUCUUAAGAGGCCUGACGUGCCACCAAGGAGGCUCUAUCCAGAGGAUCCCCAUCAGCCUCAGACCUACUCUCCUCGCUCAUCUGGCCCUAAAGAUGGCCGGCGCCAGUUCAGGCGACAUCUCUCCUUCGACUCCUCCCAGCCCCGCGCCGCUUCCGACUCCCCACAGAAGAUCGACGAAGAUUUUCUGAAACUUUACCACAAGUUUGUGUGUCAGAACAAGAUGGCGUCCUCGCACGCCCCUCCAUGCCGCCUCUGUGUUCGCAGCUCCGUGGCCAGCAGGUGUCGCUCUUCUUUAGCUCUCGCUGCUCUUGCCUUGUCGCCGCACAGACCCAUCUUCAGGAAGCGCCACUGGGAGCUGGGAUGUGACACCAGCCCCCAGUCCAAACGCCUCCGGGAGGAGAGCUGCACCCUUUCCCCCGGGUCCAAACAUCACAGGAGAGAGAUGCUGCGGCGUUGGCCCGUGCCGUCUCCCCAGGAGCUGCUGAGCAGGGCCCCUUACACUCCCUCCAAACGGGGCCCGUCACAGAGCAGAGCUUUCUCUGCAGCAAACAGUCCCGUCAAGCUCUUCUACUAAACACCAAAUGAAGAGGUGGGGUCUUUCUACGAGGAGGACAUCAUGUAUAAUAAGUCUGCUUUCUGGGGAACUCCUGCUGGUGGGUCUGGACAGCAGUUCCUCUGAUUUUAAAUCUCCAAAAUCAGGCUGGAGGUGAAGAGACCCACAGGAACAAACAGCAGGAAAUUGUUUUCCAUGUCCAAUGUCUUGAAGCAUGUACUGAGACUGUUCUAUUUCUCUGGGCUUUUGCCAAAUUUUUAUGUGUUGCUAUUUCACUUUGAAAGUAGCCGUUAAAUGUUUUUAAAGUUCUGUUAUCUGGAUGGUGAGGCUGAAAAGCAUCAGGUUUUGGAAAUUCAACAAUUUAGUACAGCGUGUUCUCUGAAUGCUGUUUAUUAAACAUGGUUUUUUUUUACUAGAAUGGAAAACAAAGCACCAAUGGUUCAUUUUAAAUUAUAAAAUAAAGUUAACUCUUUGGUAACAAA